AUGACCAUCAACACGCUGACAAAAGGAGGAGCUCAGAGGGAGCAGAUGUAUUGCCUCAGAAAGAUGGAGAGAGUGAUCGUAGCAAUGCAAGAUCCUGACAUGGGGAUGAAGAUGAGAAACCAGAGACUCCUCAUCACCGUUAUACCACACGCCAUGACCGGUAAUGAUGUCAAUGAAUGGCUGAUUCAGAAAUACAACAUAACAGAGGAAGAGGCUCGCCACCUGGGAGGACUCCUGGUGCAGUAUGGGUACAUCUAUCCUCUGAGGGAGCCGCGCUCUCUACUGCUGAGAUCUGAUGACUCUCCUUACCGCUUCCAGACUCCAUAUUUCUGGACCAGUAGCCGCUGGCCUGCCUCAGAGCUGGACUAUGCAAUCUAUCUGGCUAAGAAGAACAUCAGGAAACAGGGGGAGCUGGUGGACUAUGAGAAGGAGAACUACAGCAUCCUGCACAAGAGGAUUAACCACACCUGGGACUUUGUGGUGAUGCAGGCUCGAGAACAGCUCAGGGCCUCUAAGCAGAGAAGGAAGGCUGACCGUAUCGUUCUGGAGUGUCAGGAGCAAGCUUACUGGCUGAUCAACAAACCAUGUCCGGGGGCAUUUGACGUGUUGGAUCUGGGACCUGAGAGAUGCAACGUCCUCAGCUCCCGAGUCGCACUGAACGCUGACCACUACAAGAGAGAGAUUGAACACAGUAGAAGAGCUCUGGGGAGAAACCGUGUCAAGUCCUCCAUCUGUCUUGAGAGCUUCAUGAAGUACAGUGAGCAGUACCUCCACCAUGACCCCAUCAUGUCAGGCUGUCUCCCUAGCAACCCCUGGAUCUCUGACGACACCUCACACUGGACCAUCAACACUGACAUGGUGGGCACUCCAACCAGGUUGAGAGUGGAGCGCUGGAGUUUCAGCUUCAUGGAGCUUCUGAAUGACUCAAUGGGAAGACGAGAGUUUAUGAUCUACCUGGAGAAAGAAUUCAGUGCGGAGAACCUGUGUUUUUGGGUGGCCUGUGAGGACCUGAGGCAUGGAGAGAGCUCCAAGAUCAUCCUGAAAGUAGAGGAGGUUUACAAGAACUUUCUGGCCCCUGGGGCAGCUCGCUGGGUGAACAUCGAUAGUAAGACCAUGGAGAGAACACUGGAGGGAAUCAAACGACCUCAUCGCUUCAUUAUGGACGACGCCCAGAUGCACAUCUACUUCCUCAUGAAGAAGGACUCCUACCCCAGGUAUCUGAAGUCUGAGCUGUAUAAGAACAUGCUGGCCAAAGCCAUCGUUCCCCAGGAGACCAAGAAGAGUGUAUUUCCCUUCAUGAGGCGACAGCGUCACUCUAGCCCCUCUCCUGCCAUGGUUACCCAAGUGACAGAAGAUGAUGGAAAGGCUAAAGGGGCGGGACCAACAGGAACAAGCUCCACAACCAACUCUCAGAUCUGAUCGCCAUGGGAAUACCACAACCACCAUGUUCAUGACACCCAGAUCUGGUCACCAUUGUAUCACUAUAGCAACCAUUCAAGACCCUGCAUCUACUUCUAGAAGUUAUAAUACUGUCUAGUCGUUAUAUUUAUGAAUAUAGAACUAUAGGUAUAGUUUACAGAGACAAUCUGAAAGAUUUCCACUAUUCAAUUAAUGUAGAUUUAUCUAUGGACAAUUAUAAUGUGACAAGUGUCGCUGGUCAAAACAACUUUUAA